CCUGGCUGCGCCGAUGACAUCACCGGGCAGGUUGGGUUAUAAAUGAAUGAAGGAGAAGCCCCGAGCGCGAGCUCCGCACUUGCAAGGAGGCAGCCGGGACCGACUCGCAGCGCGGAACUUUGGCUCGGGUUUUGCGGUGACUCCCUCUCCCAGCGGGGCCGCGGUGACCCCCGGGCCCUGCCCCCCAGGAUGCGGAUCUCACACUUCCUGGCUUGUGGACUUUCCCUGGCUCUGCUGUCCGUCAGGCUGGAGGCGAGACCGGCAACUCAGCCCCAGCAGAAGCCCCCCCGGAGCUCGCCGGGACACGAGCUGGCGGAGAGCCCGGCCGCGGGCCGCGAGCGAGGGGAGACGGCGGGCGGCGGCGGCGGCGGCCGGGGCUCGGGCUCGCGGCUGCUGCGGGAGCUGCGCGCGGACACCAAGUCCCGGGCCGCCUGGGCCCGGCUGCUGCGCGACUACCCCGGCACGCGGCGGCACAAGGGCGUCAGCAAGAAGGGCCUGUCCAAGGGCUGCUUCGGCCUCAAGCUGGACCGGAUCGGCUCCAUGAGCGGCCUGGGCUGCUAGAGCGGCGACCCCUGGCGGCGGGCUUUGAAUACAUUUCCCCCCCUAUGGCCAUGUCCGGCCACUCCCCAGCCGACACCUAGAGGAGCAGAGAACACCGGAAAUGGGACAGACGACAUGGUUGUGUUUUUCUUUUCGGUACGAGGAGUCAUGACACCAGCUGUUUCGGUUUUCUUAUUUUUUUAAGAUUAAAAAGUUCUAUCAUAUAUAUAUAUAUGUAUAUAUAUAAAUAUAUAUAUAUAUAUAUAUAUACACAUAUAUAUAUAUAUAUUCUAUACAAACAUCACCAGGACAAAGGACAGUGCUUUUCCAAAAGACUGAUGAAGCCAGCUGUAUAACAUUGCUGUUUGAAAAUCCAUGUCACGCAUAAAUGUAUUUAUGUUGUAAAGCUAUUUAUAUAUUGUUUAUAAAGAGAUAUUUAUAAAAAUUUUAUUUAUGUAACUAAAUGAAAGGAGUCGAGCAGUGUAACUUUUUUUCCUAAAUAGUUGAAAAAUGUGUAAAAACCAAAAAACCAAAACAAUGUAUCAUUCCAUGUG